GUGGAGUAACGUGAAUGUCUUGGCUUCCACUUCCGGGAGGAAAUUGAAUUACAAAAUAAAGGCACUUGUGUGUGUUGUGGGUUUAUAUCAAAUCUGCUACGUGAUCACAAGAAUAUGAAGGUGCUUGAAGAAAAAACUAUUUGAUUUAUGCGUAAACAUUUUUUUACAAGCCAGCGUGAACUGGACGAGUCGCUGUCGCGUAAUAAUGACGCGUAUCCCGCAUUACUGCUUACGUCAAUACCCUGCGCCUUCCAAGGCUAAUUCCAUGUGAAUGUCGCCGGAUCUGAAAUUUUGAUUCAGAAAACUACCAGGUUUCAGCCUUCAUCUCAUUCUUUCUGCCCCAACUUCUUGUCAUAGCUGCUUGAGCGAUAUAUGGAUGCCAAAUCUUGAUUUCUAGCCACUCAGUUGCUUCGCUGAAGAUUCUCCCAAAUGGCCAGCAGGUUUCUGAGCCGGUGCGCUCGCCUCUUGGCCGUAUGCCCCCAGGCCUCUUCAGUCACCAGCCGUUUUCAUGCGCUCACAGCUCACCAAAUCGCUGAGUAUCCACUACGGUCCCAGUCACGAUUCCUACCCUCCGUCAGGCCCCUGAGCCUGGGUGCUGGUCCAGCACAGGAAGAUGAGCCAAACAUCACGUUCACACGCACAGAACUGGAUAUCCGAGUCGAGAAGGCGACCUCGCCGCAGGAAGUGUUGUGUUUGUGGACGGAACAAGGCGGCUCGGCCAAUCAGGCAGGCAUGUGUCUGAAUCAGCUCAGCCGAUUGGCAGUGGAAAAGAAAGAUAUCGACAGGGCGAAUGUCCUUCAGGACCCUCGCUGUGAGGAUCUGAUCGAUACUUUGAACUCUCAGGUGAACACAAUAUGGAACGGAACACUGGUUUCUGUUUUGCGAGCUCUCUCCAUUCUUGGUGUCCCUUCCAGCGCUCCAGUCAUGUGCUCGCUUCAGACAGAGGCAUUGUGGAGGCUCCGACGCUUCAACUGCCGCCAUCUUUCCUCUUUGGCAGACUGGGCAUCAGGCUGGAAGAUUCAGGGACUGGGAGAUGAAUUACUGAAUUCUGUGCUGAAGCAACUAGAGCUGCGCUGGACAGAGCUGAACGACCCGCGCACAGUCACCAUGCUGAUGAACCGAGCCGCAAGACUCUCGCCUCCGCUCAUGGAAAAGCUGGAAGAUAAGGCCCUGGAGUUGGCUGAGAAGUUCAGCAGUGAGGACAUCCGCAAGGCGAUGUUAGCCGUGGCGUUGCAGGGGCGCCGAUCGGUGCCACUCCUGCGUGCGCUGUCCUACCACCUGCACCAGAAACCCUCUUCUGAACUCAGUACACCGCUGCUCCUGGACAUCGUGUUUGCUUAUGGUAAGCUCCAUUUCCAGCAGACUCAAGUGUGUCAGAGGAUAGCUGCUGAGCUUUUGCCCCGAUUACCCGAGAUGAGCUCCACCGAAGUCAUGCGCUGUUCCAAGUCUCUUGCCUUCCUGAAAUGGCUCCACCUGCCCCUAUUUGAAGGAUUUACCCAGCACUUUGUGAAGAACAGUGAAAAAUACAGCGUGUUACAGAUGUGUAACCUCCUCAUGGCUUUUGCCAAGCUCAACUUCCAGCCCAGUAACAAGGAGCCAUUUUACACAAAGGUUCAUGAAGCUUUGGAAAGCUCCUGGCAGAACUUGGAACCUUUUGUGCUGAUUGAUGUAGUCUGGGCCCUCUGCGUUUUCCAGCAGGCCAAGCCUGAGUUUAUUGCUGCCGUCACAGAUCCUGCGUUUCAGGGCAAAGUUACAGGUGGUGGUGGUGCUCGUGCCGAGGCCUACGCAUUGAAGGUGCUUCAUAUUGCUGCCUCGGGACAGCUAGAAUCUGGCAUCCGUGUCACUGCGCCCCUUCCAGCAGUCCAUGAAAAACAUGGCAAGCCCAGUGUAACACCCAUCCAGAGCUCCCUACGCAAAGCCCUCCAGAUCCUCACGGAAAAUCGCACCAAAGCCUUGCGCAAAGAUGUCAGCACGGUAUACGGCUGGAAUAUAGAUGCCGAAAUGGUUGUGGAUUCAGAGAAUAAGCCUAUAGACCUGGAGAACCUCAAAGCACCUCACUUACCUGGAGGAGGCGGCAGCGAGCGUUUACCUCAGGAAGCACGACGGUUGGCUUUCAUAGCCUGGGAGUUUCCUAAUUUUACCUCCAAAAGCAAAGAUCUCCUGGGUCGCUUCGCCAUGCAGAAGCGCCACCUUCAGCUUGCCGGGUUUCUGGUAGUGGAGGUCCCAUACUUCGAGUGGCUGGAGUUAAAGACGGAUUGGCAGCGAGUGUCAUAUCUGAAGGAUAAGAUCGGGAAGGCUGUAGCUGAGGACAUGGCUAAGUGAGCUUAUGGACAUGCAGCGCCUUCACAGACCAAAGCAGAACUUGACAAACAAAGAGCAGGGCAAAUAAAUUUGGGCACACUGUUUAGAUACAAUCUGAAGUACAAUGAAGAACAUAAAUUAUUCAUUCACUCAACAGUAAUAAAUGUUCAUGGACACGGAUCUUCGGGGGUUUUAAUAUAGAAAUAUUACACUGAACUCUAACUCAUCCAUAUCAGGGCUUUCAGGGGGUUCUAAUUUAUGCAAGUGCAUCACCAUUGUUACAAGCUGUAAUCAAAACAUGGUCAUUAUACAAAUCAGUUCUGGUUGUGUCUUUUCUGUGUGUACCAUUUUUAUGUGUAUAUGUGCACGGCCUUAUUCUCAGAUAAACAGACUCUCUACUGCUUGUAAUAACCAACCACACAAAAUGAUCAGUUCUGCAAGUCUUCUAAAAAAAUAUCUUCAGAGAACUCUCCUUCUACGAAUAAUAAACUCCCACUUACCAGUUUUGAUGCGGUUGCCUAGACAACAGGAUAGGGCUUUCCUUGUUGCCAAGGAGACAGGCAUUGAGGCUGCUAAAAAGUGAGUGUUCAGAUGUAAGAGUUUGAAACAAAUAAAACAUGCUUUUUACAAAUAAAA